CCUUUGUCUGUUAUCUCCUCCGCUGCUCUGCCUCUCUUUGCAUCACGUCGAGGGUGUAGUGAUUCAAUAACCUGUGCUCUCAAGGCAUCCCCCAUGGGGCUUCCAGCCUGCUUUGCCUGUGAUCUCUCGUUGCAGGCCCUUUGGGAAGCCUCAGGCUCUCCCAUGCACUGGUUGUCCCAGAUCUGGGGACGAUUGCAAUGGAAAGAUCACAGAGCAACCACCUUGAAGGCUGCAGGGCGCACGCAGCCCCAGGGUGCUGCUCCACAUCCGCUCCCUCCGCCGUGAAGAUGAGGAAUCUCCUGCUCGCCCUGCUGCUGGCUUGCGGGCUGCCUCCGGCACGCGGCAGCAUGUUGGAGCUGGAGCGCAUGAUCAAAGCGACCACGGGGAAGAGCGCCUUGCUCUCCUACAGCUGGUACGGGUGCUUCUGCGGCAUCGGGGGCAGAGGGACCCCAGUGGACCCCACUGACAGCUGCUGCCAUGCCCAUGACUGCUGCUACAGGCGGCUGCGAGAGGGCAGAUGCAGCCCCCUGAUAACCCCCUACCAAUUCGGUGUCACCGAUGGGGACAUCACCUGCGGUGAUGAGCAGAGCUGGUGCAAGAGAGAGACCUGCCUGUGCGACAGGGCCGUGGCUUUGUGCUUUGCCAGCACUCUGCCUUCCUACAACGAGUCCUACCGCUUCUACUUCAAGCUGAGGUGCCGAGGGAGCAAGCUCCAGUGCUGAAAUCCACACAUUUGCUGGUUUUGAGUGCCUUUGCUCAUUGCCAUGGGAAGGACAGGGUGAUGUGGGUGCUGAGGGGGCUGCAGCCCUCCUCUCGGUGACGUGCAGGGUGAGCGGGGCAUGCGCUAUGGCUGGAGAUCCCCAGCUCCCUAAAAACGUGUCCUUGUCCCUUCCUCCUCUCUUUUCUCUGUUGAUUUCUUUUUCCAGCAAAAAGGAGUAGAAUAAAAGGUGUGAAAAAUG